AUGUGUAUACGUACCGUUCAUGUGAAUAUGUGUUUGUUUACUACGGUAUUUGAUAUUUAACGUUUUAAAAAUGUUAAAUUUAUAUUCUCUAUGUAAACUUUUAAUAUAUUUAUAACAGUACCCCGUAAAUAACUUUGAUAUAUGAUCUUUUUAAUUCAAUAUAAAUUAUGAUAUCCACUAAAAGACUGGUUGGUGGUCUUAUGUUUUUGCUAGCUUCUUCAGUUAUGAUCUCAAUUUUAUUAGCAUUAUCGACCAUAUCAAACUGUUCGCAAGAUUAUUCCAGAUCUGAGCAUGAUGAUGAAUUAUCUUGGAAUACACAUCGACUUGCUGUCAUUGUACCAUUUAGAGACAGAUUUGAAGAGCUGCUACAGUUUGCGCCUCAUAUUCAUAAAUUUCUGAACGCACAGAAGAUUACACAUACUAUAUAUGUAAUUAAUCAAGUAGAUAAACUGCGUUUCAAUCGCGCAUCUUUAAUAAAUGUCGGCUACCUUUUGAGCAGUCAGGAAUGUGAUUACUUGGUUAUGCACGAUGUUGAUCUUUUGCCAUUAAAUCCCAAGUUGAGUUAUGCUUUCCCUGAAAAUGGACCGUUUCAUGUGGCUUCGCCAAAAUUUCAUCCCAAAUACCAUUAUUCUACAUUUGUUGGUGGUAUUCUUCUUCUUACAAAAACACAAUUUGAACUUGUUAAUGGUUUAUCAAACAAAUAUUGGGGUUGGGGUUUAGAAGAUGAUGAAUUUUAUGCUAGAAUGAAGGAAGCAAAGUUUAAUAUCAGCCGUCCUAAGAAUAUAAACACUGGUGUGCGCAACACAUUCAGACAUCUUCAUGAUAAUGCAACUCGAAAAAGAGAUACUGCUCGACUUUUUAAUCAGAAAGAAGCAACAAGGAAGAGAGAUCGUUUCACUGGCCUUAGUAAUGUACAAUAUGAAUUGGUAUCAACACAUCACCUUGUGAUAGAUAAUGCACCCAUUAUUUUGCAUAAUGUGAAGCUGAUUUGUAAUCAUACUCUUACUCCUUGGUGUGAAUAUAAAACUGUAAAUUCAAAGAAGACUUGAUAUUUGUUUAAUAGGGUAAUUGGAUAAAUCAUUUUAGUUGGAAAAUUAUGCUCCUUAUUUUAACUGUGAAAAGCUUGUGAAUAAUGUUAUGUUUUUUUUUUUAAUAAGAAACAUGAAAGAAAAAUCAUUAAAUUGUUCUUACUGACAUUCAGCAUACACUGGUUUCUUCCCACCACCUUGUGAUAUAUUAUGCAUCCAUUAUUUUACAUAAUGUGAAAUUGAUUUGUGAUCACAAUUUAGUGAUGUGAUAAUUAAACUGGGAAUCUGAU